AUGGCGAAGGGAAAGAAAUUCGACAAGAAGAAUGCGCAGCAUUUUACUCUCGUCCACCGACCGCAAAAUGACCCGCUCAUCCACGACGAAAAUGCGCCUUCCAUGGUGCUCAACCCGGUGCCUCAGAAGGGGGGGUCCUCGAAGGGAAAGCACCUGAGCGAUCUUGCAUCCGAGCUUGGCUCCGAUGCUGUGAGCAUAAGAGAGAACGAGGGAGAGGCGGCCGAGUACGGUGUCUACUACGACGACACCCAGUAUGACUACAUGCAGCAUCUCCGUGAUCUGAACUCUGGAGGCGGCGAGGCUGUGUGGGUUGAGGCUCCUGCAGCUUCCGAUAAAGGCAAGGGAAAGCAGACGUCGCUCGAGGACGCCUUGCGUCAAAUGGAUUUGGAGCACAAGAGCGAGGCUCUGCUCGACGAAUCGGUCCUCCCCAACAAGAACCUCCAGCGAUCAACCUACCAAAAUCAGCAGGAUAUCCCCGAUGCCAUUGCUGGCUUCCAGCCCGACAUGGAUCCCCGAUUGCGUGAAGUGCUCGAGGCACUGGAGGACGAUGCGUAUGUGGAUGAAGACGACGAUAUCUUUCAAGAGCUGUCCAAGGAUUCGCGCGAGAUCGACCAAUAUGAAUUCGAGGACCAGUUCGACUACGACGACGAGGACGAGGGCUGGGAAUCGGAUGGCACUGCUAAGCCGAACAAGGAGUACAGAAGUGAAGCGGUCCCGCAGCUGAUUCCCGUUGAAGGGGAGGCACUGCCAGAGCACCAGAAUGAGGACUGGUUGGAGGAUUUCAAACAGUUCAAGAAGGAUCAGAAGGGCGGCAAGGUCCAGGAAAAAGUCACGCCGUCUGAGAUUCAGUCAUCCAUCUGGACCACGACAACAAUGGGUGGUCGCAAAAAGAAGAGAAAGGGAGCCCUUACCAACCCCUCCGCCUACUCCAUGACCUCAUCAUCAAUGGUCAGGACAGAACAGCUCACGCUGCUGGACGCCAGAUUUGACAAGAUUGAGGAGGAGUACACAAGCGAGAUGGGCGGUGAUGACAUGGCCUCCGUCUCCGAAGUCUCAACGGCGACCAGCGUCGCCGGCCCUACCCGAGGCGACUUUGACAGCAUUAUGGACGAAUUCUUGGGCAGCUACAUAAAACCUGGAAAGCGAACGAACAAGAAGAACAGACCGCAAACCGGACUCGAGCAACUCGAUGAGAUCAGGCAGGGACUGGGCCCCGCUCGCUUCCGAUCCAAGAACUAUUGA